AUGAAGCUAUUCUCUUUUCUUCGCUAUAGGCGACCUAAGAAGGUUGACCCUGAGACCUAUCGUCAGGCCCGAAAAUCGAUGGAAGAGAGUGAGGGAUCUGUCAGAUCUGGACUCUCUGGCGCUUCGUCUGGUAUUCCAGAAGCCUUGAGCUUUGAUAGAAUCAUCAAUGGCGGAACCUGCCCGCCCAUGGCUCUCCGCGACUUCAUGAACUACCUCAUAUAUGUUGAGCACGCUGCCGAAAACCUGCAGUUCUAUCUCUGGUAUAGGAAUUACGAAAAACGAUUCGGCGAGGCAAACACAAGCGACAUUAACCUGUCUCCCCAGUGGACUCAGGCUAUGGAGGACGAAGCCAUGGCCAAGGUUCGCAGAGAGCAGGCCGAAAAAAUGAAGAAGGAACCUGCCGUCGCUGUUGCAAUCUUCAAGGGAACCGAUUUUGAAAAGAAUGCCGAGACCAAUAGAUCCAACCCGUUCAAUACCCCACCUCGUUCUGCAAAUGGCGUCUCGGAUAACGAUUCAGCAUGGGAUGGCGUGACCAUUAACAAUGCCUCCAACAACAUGCUCUCCGCUUCCCAUUGCACUUCAUGCACACCAGUUGCAGAGGCGUUCCAGGCAGCCGGUGCUAUGGUCCCUUUCACUAUCCAGCCUUUCCACGAGGAAGUCACUCGAAUAAUCACCAGCUACAUCAUGGAUGGCGGCUCACGACAGCUUAACCUGUCUGAUUGGGAGCAGAAGGUGGCCAUUCAGGCGUUGACCUAUACCACUCAUCCGUCUGCUUUCCGACUUCUAUUCAAGAGCGUCGAUUCGGCACUUCGAGUGCAAUCACAUCCCAACUUCGUUCGCUGGUCCAUUUGCAAUGGCAAUCUUCCUCGUGUCUGGUUUGCUCGCUCCCUUGGUGUCGGUCUCAUCCUCGUAGGCUUCGUCGCUGCUACACUCUUAACGCUUAGCGAUGCUGGCCGAUGCUACAGAGUCCUCCCGCUCAUUGCCUGGGUCUUGGGAAUAAGCACGCUAGUUGCCGCAUACAAGGGCAUGUGCGUCGUUUUGCAUGGCCUGCAUCACCGCCAUAUCCGCCCCUGGGAGUUAUUUGCCCAAGAGAAUACCGAGGAAAUGAAGACGCGUAGCAUGGAGUCCUUCGGCUCUGACAACAGUUACGAAGAUGAGCCAUGGGUAGUCAAGUAUCAGAAGAGAAACAUUAUUCGCAAAAUCUUUGACCGCGAGAUAUGGAUUCAGGAACCUGCUUUGAGGCAGAUCCAAGAUACUAUCUUCUACCAAGCCCUGUUUGCAGGCUUUGUGAUUGGUCUUAUUCUCAUGGCGAUUUUUCUCGCCGUUCCCGGUGGACACUUGUUUUAG